UCGCCGCCCCGCCCCACCCGUACCAGCACCAGCUUGGCGCGGCGGGUGAUUCCAUCUCCCCGCGACCGAGACCACGGUGGGGGUUUUGGACCCGGAGACGGACUCCGUAGCGCGGGCGGCCCCGGUAGGAGGCCCUUACAGAAGAGCAGAGCUUGGAGAUGGGUAUCUCUCUUUAGCAUGUGCCAUUACAUUUUCCACCGCUUCCAAAUACCUCGCUAAAACGUUGACAUUCUACUGAAGCUGGUUACAGUAUUGCGACAAAAUAAGGCUUCUACUUAACAAGGUAUGGAUUUGGAGGGGAAAGAUGGACCAUCAGCCUCUCUGGAUGGGGAAGGAGAUGCAAAGGCAAACCAGAAAAAACACUUGCCCCCCAAUGUGCUGGCCAAGAUUGAGCGGAACCGGCAGAGAGCACUGCUUCUGAGACAAGCCAGACUGGCAAGCAGGCCGUACACUCCAGUUGGCACAAGUAGCAACGUUCCAAAGCCUGAACCCAAAGUAAUAGAUACAGGAGGAGGAUUUUUUUUGGAAGAGGAGCAGGAAGAGAUUCAGGAAGUAAAUAAAGUUAUACAUCAACCAGGACCUGUUAUGGAAUUUGAUUACUUAAUGUGUGAAGAAUGUGGCAAAGAGUUCAUGGAUUCAUUUCUCAGCAGUCACUUUGAUCUUCCAGUCUGUGACAACUGCAGAGAUAAUGAAGAGAAACACAAACUAAUUACCCGAACAGAUGCAAAGCAGGAAUUUCUGCUUAAGGACUGUGACUUGGACCAGAGAGCUCCUCCCCUCAGAUUUAUUUUAAGAAAAAACCCACACAAUACUCAAUGGGGUGAAAUGAAACUUUAUCUGAGGCUCCAGGUAAUAAGACGGUCCCUAGAAGUGUGGGGUAAUGAAGAAGCUUUGCAGCAGGCCAGAGAAGCACGGCAAGAGAACAGAGAGAAGAUGAAGCAAAAGAAGUUUGAUAAAAAAGUGAAAGAGCUUCGCCGAGCUGUGAGGAGUAGUCUGUGGAAAAAGGAAUCAGCUGCACACCAACAUGAAUAUGGCCCUGAAGCAUAUGUUGAAGAGGAUGAUGUGUACAAGAAGACGUGUACGUGUGGCCACCUUCUAAUAUAUGAAAAAAUGUGACCUGAUCUAGUAACUCUUGUAUAAAAUAUACAGAUUUGUCACUUCAAUAAUUGUAUAGUUUUUUAUUUUUAAUAAAUCAUGAAUUUGUGUGGCGUUGACACUUGUUUAAGUAUUUUUAGCAUUAUAAUUGUCUAUUGCAGUAUUUCAAAUUACUUUGUCACACCCACAGAUUCUGAAGCACUGAACUGGUCCUGUUAUUAAAUUAGUAGAAAACCACAGGAUGGGUGAUCAAAUCCCACCAUAAUGCUUUGAGAAUAUGAAUACGCUUUAGUUGUGAAAUUAGAUGGUAUCAGUAAGUGCCCAUGAAGCUAUCGAUUUAUUCAUAUGGCUGCUAAUUGAAUGAAUUGGUGACACUCUUCACUGCUUCAGCAUUGCAGAUAAACUUUGUAAGACUAUUGUAACUCCAGAAAGGUCUCUUCAACCAGGAAGCAAGUGAUAAGAAGUUGAGACCAAAUAGCAAAUAUUGUUGGUGGCUGUGUCUAAUGCAAUCCCUGCAGAUGAGGCAAGCAUUCAGAUAGUUUUUGAUUGGGUUGGGUAAUAAGUGGAAAUACAGGUGACUGCUUUGAAACAGCCGUUAGCAAUGUUGACAAAUACUAGAGUAGAAUUUGUGCUAGAGCAGUACCAGUGUUCAGGUAACAAUAUUAUAUCAAGGAAAGAAGAAAGGUCUGGGCUAGAAGAGAAAGACAAAUAUUAUUGACACACAAAUAUGUUCUUGAAUCAAUGCACCUGAAUGACCAGGCAAGGUGACAGCAACACAACAGGAAGUUAUUCAAUCAAUUGCAUUUACAGAGCAAUACCAAUCUCUUCUUUUACUAUGGCCCUGCAUAACAUUCUCUCUCACAUGCCCAACAAUUACACUGCAAAGGCACCGAUUGAUUUCAUUCCUAUUUAUCACUACCACCACGAGAGGUGAAUUUCAGGGAAAAGAGAUUGCUCCUCAGAUAUGUACUGCCUCUUUUGCCCCAAGUUUAAAUUGAUCAUAACUGAUCUCUUCUAUCAUCUAGGAAGCAGAAUGGUAAAUGUUAUAGGGGAGAGGAGCACUACCUAAACUCAACUUAAGGUGAAUUCUGAUUGUGUGUGCUUGGGGGUGUAGACAUCUUAAUGUUUUAAAAAAAUGCAGUGGGAAUUAACUAUUUCAAGACUACACCAAACAACUGCCUAUCAGUAGUGUGAGGGGAAACAGAGGGCAAAUAAAGAUGUUUCUCAAACCAUAAAGCCUUGCACAAAUGCUAAGGACAGAUGUGAGUGGCAGAAAAAGAUGGAAUUGCAAAGGAACAGGUUAGAAGAAACAAAACUACAACAAAGUUUGAGGGGAACAUUAAAUAAUUUACGGCUUUGAAAAUGUUCUAUGUCACGUCCACAACAUCAUACCUAUUGCAGAACUGAAAGAGUAGGACUAUGGUAAUAAAAUUGCUGGAUAGUUAAUUCAAUACAUAUUAAUUUCCAUAUUACCAUACAAAAAUAUGAAGUUAAUUCUCUUACUAAGCCACCUUUACCUUCUACAAAUUGGCUGUCACCAUCAAGAGUGUUUUUGAUAGCCAAUAACUGGAUUGUUUGGGGCAGUGCACUCGGUCUCAUCCUACAGAAGAUUUACUAAUUAAAAAAAGAUGCCAAGAGGAUAAACAGCUGGCCAAUCAAAUUCAUUUCAGUUCAUUUAUACAACUUUGCAAUUCAACCCUCUGAUCAGCAUCUGGGUAAUCUGAAGAGGCAAACAAACAUUAAAAACCUAAAUAAAAAUGCCAGCAGUACAGAAGGUCAGAUAAACCCUCAAAGCUUAUGUCAUUCAAUUAGCAUGGACAGUGUUACUCAUGUCUAUGAUUCCACUCAGUCCUUUCAUCUCUUGAUUCUUUCCAUAACCUUCUACCUAUCUUAAGUCUGGAAGUUACAUUUAUUUUGACUGACCAUCUACAGCCAAAGAUGUAUUUCCCAAGCCUCCAGCAAGAGGAAAGUGCCCCUUUCUGAAUCUGUCCUUCCAAGUCUCCUCUGAAUCUUCUGUUCAAUGAGGUUUCCAGUCCAGCAAGUUUACACUUAAUCCUACUCAAAUUUCUUAUCAAUGAUCAUCUCUGUCUCCCUAAGAAUCGUGCAAAUCUACACUGCACAGACUUCAAGGCGGGUAUAAUCUUUCUUGGAUGAGGAGACCAAAACUGCAAAUGAAAUAAAAAGCAGCAAAUCCUGGAAAUACUCAGUAUGUCAGACAGCAUCUGAGGAGAGAUGCAGAAUUAAUAUUUAAGGUUAAUGAACUGGUACUGAUAAUUGCAUUAUAAUUAAUAAGAAUAUUCACCACUUUGACUCCAACUGUUCUAGAUUCUUUUAUAACUUCCUCACAUUUUCCACAUUGCUCACUCAUGUUCGUUGUCCUUAUCACACAUCUUCACACAGCCCUUUAGAGUUAUUUGUUUGCACUCUUUUUCUGCAGUGGCUGAAGUGCCCUAUGCUUUUCAAACUCUGAAUAAACAGGUGCAUCGCCAAUGCCUUAUAGCAAGAUUUCUAUAUUCUUUUGCACCAAUCUCCUUCCAAUAAAAAAUAACAUUCUACUUGCCUUCUUUAUUGCUCACUGUUUGUGCCAUGACCUAUUUUUCAUACACUAGUGCACUAAUAUUCACUAGUUUCUUGGCAUUUACAGUACUUUUGAUCCUUCCUGUUAAAAUGAACAACCUAACAUUUUCCCACAUAAUUACAAACUCCCUUCUCUACUUCCCUUUGCACUUCUGCUCAGGUAAUCCCUUGGACUCACGACCACUUGCUUUGACACCAGUUCUAAGAUGGCCGGGGAGUGCUCUGCAGGAUCCAGUCUCUGCCACAGGUUACAUGUUUGGAAGGUCGUGUACAGACCUUAUCAGGUUUCCCUUGUAAAUACUGCAUGUGUUCAGUGCCUACUCAGAUGCAUUUUUUCUGGAAAUCUCAGUCUAAUGAGCUCAGGAUGCAAUGCUCGCUUCUGGAAACUUGUAUAUGAUCCACCCAACAGCAUGUUCAGAGCCUCAAUGCUGGGAAUAUUGGCCUGCAAUAAGUUGCUGCCAAUGAUGGAGAGUUUGAUAAGACAGUUUUGGCAGCUCCAUUGAUCAUAGGCUUAGAAAUUAUUUUAAGGAUUUGGUGUUGAACAUUUUUACUCAGUUAGCUGAAUGCCUUAUUGGUUUCGAGAGGGCAGCCUUUGCUGACAAGUGGUUCUUGACAUAUGGGAAGUGAUCUGCACAUUCCAGGGUGUCUCAGUGAAGGCAGACCUUUGCCUUCUGGCUGUCCUCUGUCUAGCCCAGCCUCUCAAAUUCUUCUGUGAAGGAAAGAAAAAUAUGCUAUGCAAAAAUCUCCAGAUAAUUACCACCUUGAAUGAGUGGCAAUGGCAAGUAUUUGUAAUGUAUUUUGCAAACUGUACAGACUGCUGAAGUGGUAGUAGGUCCAGUCAAAUUGUGCUAAUCUAAGCCAGUGGAUCUAUAUUCAAUAGCAUUACCAACACUGACUCCCCAAUCAUCAAUAUUCUGGAUUUCACCAUUGAUCCUCAACCAUAAUACUGUGACUACAAGAGCAGCUCAGCUGUAUAUUCUGUAGUGAACUAAUCUCUUGCAUCUGAAACAGUCUUCAUCAUGUACAAGACACAAAUCAUGCAUACCUCAUAGGAAUUCUGCCCACUUGCUUAGAUGAGCACAACCUGCCUGGACCCACCACCACUCUAAAACAUUUUCUACUAUUGAUAUACAUUACCUCUCAAAGUCCAAUCCUACGUCCCCGACAUAAGAGGUGGUAACAGGCAAGGUCAGCUAACAGGGCUCUGAUGAAACUGUAUAGGCCAGCCCCUGUACAGUGGAUACAAUGGAUUACAGAAACAUUGAUGAACUCCAACCAUACCAGCAUCUUUGGAUGAUAAAGAAUGGAGGUCAUCAAUGGCCUAUGCUCCACUGGAAAGAAGAGUCCAAGAAUGAGACUGUACACAUUGACCAUUGAAACAUUAAGGAACCAUCUGGAACUCCCAACAGCCCCAGUGAUUCUGUGACUUUAAUCUCUGAGGCCGACAUGCGAGCAGCCUUGAGGCUUUACUUACAAAAAGCAACUGGUCCAGAUGGUGUACCUGGCCAAGUACUAAAGACCUCUGCUGAUCAACUGGCUGGAGUGCUCACUGAGACCUUUAACUUCUCUUGGUAGUCUGAGGUACCCAUCUGCUUCAAGCAGGCUUGAAUUAUACUGGUGCUAAAGAAGAACAUAGUACACUCCCUCAAUGACUAUUGUCCAGUAGCACUUCCAUCCACAGUGAAGUGUUUUGAGAGAUUACUGAUGAAACAUAUCAACUCCUGCCAGAGAAGCAACUUGGAUCUGCUCCAAAUUGCUCUUCGCUCAACUCUGGAACAUCUAGACAGCAAAGAUACAUACAUCAGGAGGCUCUUUAUCAACUACAGCUCAGCAUUUAAUACCAUCAUCCCCUCAAAGCUAUCAAUAAGCUUCAAGAACAUGGCACCAAUACCUCCUUGUGCAGUUGGAUCCUUGAUUUCCACACUUGCAAACCCCAGUCAGUUUGGAUUGGCAAUACCUCCUUUACAAUCUCCAUCAGAAGAGGUGCACCCGUCUGUGUACUUUGUCCCCAUUCUACUCACUUUACUCUUAUGACUGUGUAGCUAAGUACAACUCCAAUACCAUAUUCAAGUUUGCCGACACCACUGCCAUAGACCAAGUCAAAAUAUAAGAGGGAGAUUGAAAAUCUGUCUCAGUGGUGCCAUAACAACCUCUUACUCAAUGUCUGCAGGACCAAGGAGCUGAUUAUAGACGUCAGGAGGAAACUGGAGGCCAUGAACCAGUCCUCACCAGGGGGAUCAAAAGUGGAGAGGGUCAGCCACUUUAAAUUUCUCAGUGUUUAUUGUUUCAAAGGACCUGUCCUGUGCCCAGCACACUGGUGCAAUCACAGAGAAAGCACGCAACCUCUCUACUUCCUUAGGAGUUUGUAAAGAUUUAGCAUUACAUCUAAAACUUAGAAAACUUAUAUAGAUGUGUAGUGCAGAGUAUAUUGACUGGCUGCAUCACCGCCUGGUAUAGAAACACCAAUGCCCUUGAAUGGAAAAUCCUACAAAAAGUAGUGGAUAAGGCCCAACCCAUCUUGGGUAGACCUCCCCACUACUGAGAGCAUCUACAUCAAAUGCUGUCACAGGAAAGCAGCAUCCAUUAUCAGGGAUCCCCACCACUCAGGACAUGCUCUCUUCCCCCUGCUGCCAUCAGGAAGAUGGUACAGGGGCCUCAGAACUCACAUCACCAGGUUCGUCACUAGUUAUUUCCCCUCAACUAUUAGGCUCUUGAACCAAAGGGGAUAACUCCAUUCCAUUUCACUUACCCAGCAUUGAAAUGAUCCCACAACCCAGUCUCACUUUCAAGGACUCUUCAUCUCAUGUUCUUAUUUAUUGCUUAUUUAUUAAUUAAUUAUUAUCUCUUUUUGGAUUUACACAGUUUACCAUCUUUUGCAUGCUGGUUGAACACCCAAAUUGGUGCAGUCUUUCACUGAUUCUAUUAUGGAUUUUAUUGAGUAUGCCUGCCAGAAAAUGAAUCUCAGGGCUGUAUACGUUGACGUAUCUGUACUUUGAUAAUAAAUUUACUCUGAAUACUGACUGCAGUCUGUAAUUUACAAAAUACAUUCUAAUUAUGUCACAGCAUCAUUCAAACCUGCAAGGUCUAUCAUACCAAGGAGAAUCUAGAGUAUGGAUGGCAGCAUUCACCAGGAAAUUCAAGGAGGUGGCUCACCAUCAUUGUAAGAGCAAUUAAGCUAGGUAAUAGACAUUGACUUGCAGGUGACACCCAGAUCACAGAAAGGAGCUCCGAGUUUUACAGCAUGGAAAAAGGCCCGUGUCCAUGCUGACUAAGAUGUACAUUCAAGCUGAUCCCAUUUCCCAGCACUUGGAACAUGCACUUCUAAAUUUAUCAUAGGAAGCAACUUGGUUAUAUAAAAGUUACAUAUCUAAAGAUGAGAAAACCCUAACUCGUCCAUUAGCAUAAACAAAAAAAUUCCAUUACACACUGCCGUAGGUGUUGGUUACCCAAGACUUCUAGAUAUAAAAAAGAUAAUGCAACAAUAGUGGACAAGCUUGUAGUAGUUUACAAGUAGCUGCAAUUGUCUACCAUUAAAUUAUAUCCCGAGAAUCAGUCAAGUACUGAAUCCUGCUUUAGACCUGCCUCCCUACUCCACCUAUGAAACCAGCAUGUUCUCGUACACACGUUUGUACAUUAACUAGACAAAAUUUAAGCAAGUGAAUUAUUUGGACAGGAAUUUUACUCUACACAACCAUUUCCAGCAAUCUUCUGACGUGGUAACAUACCAAUUGAUACAAUUCAUAACAAUUUACUCAAUCUAUUCCUUAAGAUAUCUGGAUCAGUAGUACCUGCUGUACUAGGAACCAAUGCAACAGCAUUUUUUUGAUGGACGAUGCCAAGUUCUGUAUUCUUUAAUCCUUUAUAGUAAAAAGUAAAUCUUGUUUUUGGGGGCCUAGCUACGGGGGGUGAUUGAUAAGUUCGUGGGCUAAGGUAGACGGAGU